AUGGCUGAUACGUUAGCUGACCCUACUGUCGCGGUCGACGAAUUUGCCCAGACACGAGGGGCGGACGAUCUAUUCGAUGACGAGAUCGUCCCUAUCUCUGGGGAGCAACAAAUCCAACAUGUGCAUGAUGAUGAGCCAUCCGUCGAAGAACCCAAACCGAUAGAGCCUGCCACGCAAGAACCGGCCCCGUCACGACAGACUCGAGCACAGGCUCGCGAAGGCGCAUCCGGCGAUCGUGGGCGCGGCCGAGGGCGAGGGCGAGGGCGUGGCGGUCGAGGUGGCCAGGAUGCUGGGAGCAAGCAUGCAGCUGUCGCGAAAGAGGACAAGGCAGAGUCUGGGCCAAAAGACAGCAGCAGUUCCAGCGAGCAGCCUGAAGUACAGGCAGCCGAAGAGACCGACGAGAAUGCUAGCGAAAGCAAAGGCGCUGCGGCUAAGACAGAAGCCAACCAUGUACAGGCAGUGCGAGGAGACCGCAGUAAGACCGGUGGCAUCAAGAAGCCGAAGCUCACCGACGAGGAACUAGCUGAACGCAUGGCAGCAGCCAAACUCAACGCUGCCAAGCGAUCAGCUGCGCAUGCUCGCGCCGAGGCCGACGAAGCUUCAUUCAACGAGCGUGAGAAAGCUGCUGCCGCAAAGCGCCGGCAGGAAGUGUUGAACCGCAAGGUCAUGGACAACGAGCGCGAACGGAACAGAAUGCGCAAGUUGGGUGCACAGACAGGGCGUGAAUGGGACGCCGAAAAGAAAGAAGAGGAUUACAGUGGCCGCCGAGGUGGCGGCAGUCAGUUUCGAAGGGGCAUGCAUGGUGGUGUUACCGGCACCCCACGGCGCGAAAACAACAACGAUUAUCCCGAAAGAACUGAAGAAAGUCCUGGUCCUCGAGGCCGUGGACGAGGCAGAGGUGGUCGUGGUCGGGGACGAGGAGGCCGCGGUCAUCAAAAUCGCGACGAGAACCCAGCUACGACAGAAGCCCGUUCGGCACCCGGUGUUGAUAACGAAAGCGAAUUUCCGUCUCUUCCAGGAGGCUCUUCCAACGAUGCUCCAGCGAAGCUUACGACAGAUACUGUCAAACCGCCGGUGGUAGAUCCGUUUGCUGCCCUGGACUCACCGGCUGAAGGCACUUGGGCAGACCAAGUUGACUUGGCCGAAAACAGUUAA